AUGCUUAUAGACAGUGUCCGGAAGUCCCUGAACCGACCUCUCAUCCACCUCCUGGUGAAGGUGAAGCUAGAAACCAAACCCAAGAAAACUGAAGAUCGGGUGCUGGUCCUAACCACCUGGCGCAUCUACCUGUUUGGGCUCAAGGUGCCAGCCAAGAUCGAAAGCUCGUUCAACGUGCUCGAGAUCCGUGCUUUAAAUGCCCUGAAUCACAACCAGAUCCUGGUGGAGACAGAGAAAGCGACCUACAGCCUGAAAUUCCCCACUCCAGAAAGUGCCGACCAGGUCACGAGACAUGUCAACACUGCCUUAGCCAAAAUAUUCCCGAGCCCAGCCUCUGUCUGCUUGAUACGCCAUGGCAAUGCCGAGACACCGGAGACGCCACGGGACAUGUCUCCCCACUCGGAGAGCUCCAACUCCACCACCCACAGCAUCUGCGGGGGCUUCUCGGAGACGUACGCGGCGUUGUGUGACUACAAUGGGCACUGCUGCCGGGAGGAGGUCCAGUGGGACGUCGACACAAUUUAUCACUCCGAAGACAAUCGGGAGUUCAACCUGCUUGACUUCUGUCACCUGGAAAGUAGGGACCUGGCCCUGAUCGUGGCUGCUCUGGCUUACAACCAGUGGUUCACCAAAAUCUACUGUAAAGACUUGCGGUUGGGCUCGGAGGUAGCCGAACAAGUUCUGCACACAGUUAGCAAGUCCCAUCACCUGGAGGAGCUGGUCCUGGACAACGCGGGGUUAAAAACAGAUUUUGCCUUGAAACUCGCCUGCGUUUUGGCAGAGAACCCAAGCACGGCCCUCCACGCCCUGACGCUCUCCCACAACCCACUGGAGGACAAAGGUCUCAGCGCCCUGAGCCAGCAGCUGUUGUGUUUCCACAAAGGCCUCAGUAAACUUUGCCUUUCCAAGACCAGCAUCACCGCUAAAGGACUUGCCAUUCUGUGCCAGACGUUGGGUGCCAACCCGGCUUUCACCAGUACCCUCCGCCAUCUUGACCUGAGCAAGAAUCCGGGGCUGCUGGGGACCGAGGAAGCAAACGGCUUCUAUUCCUUCUUGGCUCAGCCCAACGCGCUGGUUCACUUGGACCUGUCCUCCACGGACUGUGCGGUGGAUGCACUGUUCGGGGCACUCUUGCAUGGCUGCUGCCCACGGCUUAGCUACCUCAACCUCGCACGAAACACCUUCUCCCACCGGAAAGGAAAGGUGAUGCAACCCUCCCUCAAGCAGUUUUUCUGCAGUGCCUAUUCCCUCAGCUACGUCAGCCUCUCGGGCAUCAAAAUGCCUGUGGAGGCAUUACGGUCUCUUUUCCAAGGUUUGUCAGCCAACACACAUCUCAGCGAACUUCACUUGGACUUGAGCGGAUGUGAGCUGCGUUCCCCUGGGGCUCAGGUGCUACAAGAGCAACUGCCUGGCAUUUGCGCCUUGAGCAGUCUGGAUCUUUCUGACAACGGCUUUGAUGCGGACUUGCUGACCCUGGUCCCGGCUUUGGGCAAGAACAAGUCACUGAAGCACCUCUGGCUAGGCAAGAACUUCAACGUCAAAUCCCGGACCUUGGAGGAAAUACUGCAAAAGAUUGUGCAGGUCAUUCAAGAGGAAGACUGUUCCCUGCAGACUUUCUCGGUUGCCGAUUCCCGGCUGAAAACCCGCACCAGCAUCCUCAUCAACGCUCUGGGCAGUAACACUUGCUUGACCAAGGUGGACCUGAGUGGCAACUGCAUGGAAGACAUCGGGGCCAAGAUGCUGUCCAAAGCCCUGCAGAUCUUUCUGUUGUCUAGGAGUAUCUCCUGGGACAGGAACAACACAACCGCACAAGGCUUCCAAGACAUUGCCCGGGCUUUGGAGAACAACUAUACCCUCAAGUUCAUGUCCUUCCCCAUGAGCGACAUCACUGCAGCCUAUCGCAACACUCCCGAGCGGACAGAUGAAGUGUGGCAAAAGGUGAAAUGGUGCAGGAUCUCUGGGAUUUGCCAGCCCGAGGCAGGGUGAGGGGGAGUCCGGGACUUGGCCUGGCCUCUAGGGCAGGAGUUAAUGGCUCCGUGUCCUUCCUCUCCCCAGAUGAUGAGCCGCUUGUGUGUGAGGGUCCAAGAAGAAGUACGAGUGCUCCGAAGCUGCUCAGCUGACACUGUCCAGGAGGAGGUGCUGUAUGCGCGGGAGCUCAUGAAGGAAGCCAAGAAUUCGCGGGCGCUCUUCCCCAGUCUGUAUGAACUCGGGCACAUAUUAGCCAGUGACGGGCCAGUCCGACACAAGCUGGAGUCAGUUGUGAGCGAGGUAUCAAAGGCCGUGGACAAAGAGCUGCAGGUGAUCCUGGAGUCUAUGGUAGCCCUCACCCAGGAGCUGUGCCCGCAUGCUGUCCAGGCCGCCGAAGAGCACAACAAGAUGUUGGCGGCCGUCUCGGAGCGCGUCACCAUCCCCCGAAACUUCAUUCGGGGAGCUCUGCUGGAACAGGCUGGCCAGGAUAUUCAGAACAAACUCAACGAGGUGAAGCUCUCUGUUGUGACCUAUCUCACCAACACCAUUGUGGAAGAAUUGCUGCAGGAACUCUACCACGCUCACAAGGACCUGGCCCAGCACAUCAUCCACCUCCGCCGACUUUCUGGGGGUCAGGAGAAUGCCGUCUUCCCGGAGCACCUAGGGAAGCCCCGUCUCCGCGACCACGAGGAGACCACCGACGAUGAACUUGGCUCCAGCAUCGACACCAUGGCCAUCAAGAGACAAAAGAACUGCCGGAGAAUCCGGCCCGCUUCUGCCUUCAUUAGCGGCACAGAACAGGAUGGCGAACUGACUGUUCCCAGUAUGGACUCCCCUUUGGGCUGGAUCUCCUUGGCCAGCGGAAGCCAGUACUCCCGGUCCUGCAGCACAUCUUUUGAAGCGCUCUCUGACUUGCCGACUGAGGGCAUCCGGCUGGAGCACCAGACCCGUAGCAGGCCUCGACCCCCUCGCACAGCUCCACGCAACAGCUUCCGUUCCAACAACCGAAUACUGGCGUCUAUCGAGCCCUGGGAGCAAGAGAAUGGGUCGAUGCCACGGCUGGAUGAGGGCCUGGAUGAAUUUUUUAACAGAAGGGUGCUUGUGGACAAUACCAACUAUCCCAGGACGCCAAAGAGUUGCGGCGUGAGGCCAGGCCCUUCUGACCCCCUUCCGCCUCUGCAAAAGAAGAGGAGGAAGGGUCUCUUCCAUUUCCGGAGGCAUCGCAGCAUCAAGGGGGAGCGGGACCCUGACGAUCUGCCCCCGAGUCCUCCCCCGCCGCCCACGGGUGGGGAUGAACACAAGACCCUUCCUCGCUCCGAGGAAGAAAGGAAGCUAGGACAGGAUGCCCUUGCGAUGGCAGUGGGUCUUCCAGGAAUGGGGACCGCAGCCCCGGGAAGUGGGGUGAAGGGUCUGCCGAGCAGAGUGAGACAGGGCUCCAAUCCUGACGCGGAGUGGACAGAGCCAGGCUCCAGAGGGACAGAGCUCGUGCAGCCUUCCAGGGUCCAGGGUGUGGCAUUGCCGGGAAUGGGGCGUGCAAAGGGGUGGAGCCUGGACGCCAAGCUGGAGAGCGUGGACUUGGAGCGAGGAGGGAGUAUGCGGGACCAACACAGAAGACGGUCCUCGGAUGACUCAGGUUAUAGCGCUUCCCCAGACCUUGGCAUGAGUCUUGCUUCUUUCCCCAAGUCUCCUAAGCAAACCUUAAUCUCCUCAGUGUGGUUCCUAGAGAUGUUUGGUCCGUCAGUCCCCGCAUGGAACAGCGUGGACUUGGAGCGAGGAGGGAGUAUGCGGGACCAACACAGAAGACGCUCCUCGGAUGACUCAGGGCAAGGCGGGUGGAGACCCCACCCCCCAUCGCAGGGCUCCAAGCCGGGUUUUGCCACCAUCCGUCGGGCUGAAGCCACCUGGGCCAUCGCCGAAGAGAGCUCCCCGCGGGAAACCAGGGGACAGGAGCCCCAGCAAGAUACCCCCCAGGAAGGAAGGCAGAACGGGGCAGAUGAGAGUGGGGGUUUGCCGACCCCCAGCUCCGAGAAGGAGAGUUUGAUGGCACCAGUGAAGCAAUUCAGGGAACCCUCGACCGCACCGCGGCCUCCCAAACCUGUCGCCCUCCCCCGGGGCCGGAAACCCCCCAGCCAGCCCGAGAGAAGCCGAAGCAAUGAGGAAGCAGGCCUAGCCGGAGGGGCUGCCCCGGAAGAUACACGGGACCCCGAGGUGGGGAGGAAGGCAGCCCCUCUCAAACCAAAGAGGACGCGGCGGGCGCAGUCGUGCGACAAGCUGGAUUCCGAUCGGGGCCAUCAUCCGGGCUCUGGAGGUGAAACUCCCCCGCCUUUCCCCGGGGCUUCCGCGAUGGGACCUUCAAGGGGCAGAGGAGGUCACAGGACGCCCCGGCGCACAAGGGGUACUCGGAUGUCUCCCGUUUAG